UAUAUUUUUUAAAUAUACAAUUCGCGCAUACAUACUUCUUCAUUAUAUAUAUAUGUCGUAUCUUUCAUAAGAAAGCGCUCGAAAUCUCAUUUUCUCAGAAUAGGAAAAUAAAUAAGAUACAGAGUAUUUUCCUUUCGAUAGGAUGGGCUGAUGAUUAAAACCAGAAACUGGGGAUUGUAAUAAAAAGCAAUUUGCCGACGUAGAAUAAACAACGCGUAGGUUUCUCAAUUAAAUAGAUAUAUAUCUCCUGUUACCUAGAAAAAACACGAAGAACGGCGCAAAUGCGAACAGAAAACAUCAAUUGGUCUUCGAAUACGCGGAUGAGAUAAAGGCUCUCGCUCGUUCACGAAAGGAUUAAUUCUUUCCGAUAAUGCGACGUUAUCGUACUGUAAUAUGACAACUGAUUCGAGAAAGUGUUCGCGAAAUAAGUUUUUUCUUUGUCUCGCCGCAUGCAUCGUUCUUCAUAUCAGCGAUGCUGUCUCAAAAAUGCAAGAGAUUGAUUACGGAAUACUCGAUCGGAUCAACAACGGGUUUGAAUUGCUGAAUCGAGCGAUCGCUAAUUUAGAGUGGCAAAUCCUCAAAAAUCGUUCGAUCGUACCGCCAGAAAUGUAUAUGCGAUUUGUCCAAUUGAAGCUAAAUUGGAGAAACGAAUGGUGCGCAAAAUUUAUGGAUCUUCGAAAUAAUGGCGUAUCUGUAAAUCAAAAGUUGCUGCGCUUUUUGUGCAAAGGACCAAAAUAUACCAAUGAAAUGGCAAGAAAGAUUGCUGUUAUCAACGAAUUCUUAUCGUCCACAUAUGACUCUGCACAGAUUUGCAAAAUUGAAAACUAUAAACGGAAGUGUUAUAAUGAUGAAUUGGACGUGACAAAAUUAAUGGCUACUUCAAGGAAUGAAAAAGAAUUACGUUGGAUUUGGACUGCUUGGAGAAAUCGCAUGAGUCAUACAAAGGAAUUUUUUAGACAAUUAGUUGAUCUUCAAAAUACUGCUGCACGAAACAAUGGCUACGUUGAUAUCGGAGAAUAUUGGAGGGAAGAGUUCGAGAUUCCAGAUUUGGAGAGAAUGUUCAAAGAAAUGUAUCAACGAGUCGAGCCAUUAUAUCGUCUUCUUCACGCUGUCGUGAGAUUUCGACUUGCGAAAUUGUAUCCCGACGUUGUUGAUAUGUUCCAGCCAAUUCCCGCUCAUUUGUUAGGUAACUUGUGGUCGCAAAGUUGGGAAGCGUUGAUCGACGUGGUAUUUCCAAAUUACACCGCGAUCAUGCCAAACUUGACGAAUUCGAUGAUACAAGAAAAUUAUAAUGUCAUUAAAAUGAUAAAAAAUGCAGAUGAUUUUUACGUGUCUCUCGGAUUUCCGUCCUUGACGCCAGAAUUUUGGAAAAACUCUGUUUUCGAACAAGAAAUGAGUAAGAGAUCCAGCUGUCAUGCAACUGCUGUCAACAUGUACAAUAGAAAUGAUUUCAGAAUUAACGCAUGUUUAGAGACAAAACCAGAAGAUUUUAAUGUUAUUUAUCAUGAAAUUGGUCAUAUACAAUAUUAUAUGGCGUAUCAGAAUCAGUCAUCAUUUUUUAAGAAUGGAAUCAAUAGCGCUUUCCAUGAAUCGAUAGGAGAUGCCAUUUCGUACGGUGCAAUUUCCUUUCGACACAUGCGGCGUCUGGGAUUAAUACGCAACGCAUUUGCAUCAUUCGUCAAUUCAUCCGAGACCAAUUCGCGUUCGCAGAAUUCAUUAGAAAUAGCUAUCCUCCUAAGACAAGCUCUGCUUAAAAUACCGCAACUGUCUAGCGGAUUAAUAAUAGAAAAAUGGAGAUGGUCUGUCUUCGCCGGCAGGACGAAACCUUCGAGAUACAACACAUUCUGGUGGACUUUGCAUCGUCGAUAUAUGGGCGUCGUGCCGCCAUCGCGGAGAUCCGAGAAAUUUUUUGAUCCUAUGGCAAAAUUUCAUGUCGCUCAUAAUAUACCUUAUGCUGGAUAUUUUCUGGGAAACUUCUUGCAAAUUCAAUUAUUCCAAGGAAUGUGCGAAGCAUCCUUGGGUCUGAGAAUUGGUUCCACGGCGUUUGAUUUACCUCUUCACACAUGCGACAUUUAUAGAUCGAAGGAUGCGGGAAAGUUCUUGAGGUCGACGAUGAAACUUGGAAGUAGCGUGGACUGGAGACACGCGUUACGCGCGAUAACGGGAUAUUCCAAGUAUCGUGUGGAGCCGCUCUUAGCCUAUUACGAGCCGGUCCGCGAAUGGCUGCAACGCGAGAUAGAACAUCAUAAGAUUCCAGUUGGUUGGGAUUGAGACGAGCUAA